AGCAUGCCGCGCGCGGGGGCGCUUGACCUCCGGGACCCAAGAUGGCGGCGCCCAUGAAGAGGGAGAAGGAGCUUUGAGUCGCUGGGAGGUCUCCUGAGAACUGUGUUACCAUGUCGAAGAUCUCCCGUGUGGCCAGAGGGGUGCAAAAGGUCACGCCUGGAAGUUUCAUCCGGAUGACCAUUCCAGCAGGACAGGCUGUUGCAGGCCCGCCUUUGGGACCUGCCCUAGGCCAGAGGGGCAUCCCCAUCGGUCAAUUCUGCAAGGACUUCAAUGAGAAGACGAAGGACAUCAAGGAGGGCAUCCCGCUGCCCACACGCAUCACCGUCCGGCCGGACCGAAGCUACGAGCUCCAGAUCAACAAGCCAACGGCCACCUAUUUUCUGCUCUCAGCCGCGGGGAUAGAAAAAGGAGCCACAAAUCCAGGUCUCGAGGUAGCUGGGAUGGUGACCCUAAAGCAUCUGUACGAAAUCGCCCUGGUGAAAUCUCAGGACCCCUGCUUCGUGCUCCGUGACAUGCCGCUGGAGAAAGUCAUCAACUCCCUCAUCGGAACGGCCCGGUCGAUAGGCAUCAAGGUGGUGAAAGAUCUCAGGGCGGAGGAAUAUGGCGUCUUCCUGAAAGAACGUGAGGAGCGGCUGGCGGCCGAGGCAGCCGAGAGAGAGGCCGAGGCUGCAGCGAAGAAGAAAUGAAACCCUUCCUUCUGCUCUCCGCCAUUCCGAUUUCCGGGAACACAAACAAGAGGGUGCAGAUCGCCCCAGCGUCCGGCCACCGGGCCCAUAUCCCUGUCUCCUGUGUGCCAGGCAUGGAGGUCUGCUCCGUGCUUGGUUUGGUAGCCUUCUCCACCCCCCGUCAGAGUUGAGAUGGAGGAAUCAGAAAGGGGGUUGUGCCGAGACCCAAAUCUGGGAGGGCGACGCUCUCCCUAACCUUGUAAACCCAAGGGUGGGUAAAGGCGGUCCUGUCUAAUUAAAACAAAUCCCUAAAUUCUCU